AUGCUGCCGAAUAACGAGGUUCGCGUGCCCCCGCGGCCACUUGCGCCGUCCGCACCUCGGCGCGAUAUUACGGCUGAGUUUACCGAAGCUGCCUCAAGCAAGUCUUUCUCUUAUUCUGAAUCCAAUGCCAAUGAGACCUUCACCCUCUUCGAAGCCGUUGGCGCAUUGGAGAUCAUGGAUUCCAAAAUGGACAGCGGUUAUAUUGCUCCGGGCGAGAAUCAAGCGCAGGCGCUGGAGGAUGACUACGAUGUGCGACGAGAAUUGACACCAGAGGAAGUUGUGGGAUUGAUGGAUCAACUGCUCUGUCACGAGAUGGCAUGGCACAUAGGACAUCCUCUUUCACAAACACUGUUCACAUCAAUCUAUCUCGAUAAGUUGCUGUGGCCAGUGCCGAGGACCAUGGAAGACGCCCGAUUUGACCGGGUGCCUAGCGAUUCUACCCUUGUUAGUCUUGUACUUCGGGCAUACUGUCUUGCAGUGAUCAAGGCUUGCGACUUCGUUCAUUCUCGGGUGGCUGGCGAGUAUUACUACGAGGAGGAGGACUUCGUCUCUCAGUUGUACAAUCGGAGCUUACUGUCUUAUUUUGAUCCCUCACACUUUUACCGCUUGCUGGACCAGGCGGUUUCAUGGUUGGAUGCGCAGAACGAAAUGGACAAGAAACUUCAGCACGCUAUUCGAGCCAGGUUACAAUUACGAUAUGAUUUACUGGCUGCAUUAGACCAAGAUCUCGAUAUAUUAGAAAUUAGGUCAACGGAGAGCUUCUCACAGUGCUUGUCCCACCUCAAUUCUGUGAAAGAGUCGCACUCUCUUGGCAAGCCAGUCCCGGAGGCCUUCAGUUUGAAGAUCCAGCGCAAGCUUGCAAGCACUGUGCCCCCUCGGCCUAUUGUCAAUAUUAGCCAUGAAGAUGCACUUGCGCAUCUUCAACGUCUUUGCAAAGAUGCCAUUGAUAUGCAGCAAAUGCUUGACUAUAGAGGACCUACUAACUUCAAGACUUCCAUAUGGACGCUUCUUUCCCGAAAACCCCAACCUUCAGUUUACAUUCGCUGUCUAAUGCAGGCAUUGAUCGUGAGCGAUAUGACAAUUUUGGGUGCCGUUUCAGUGAAACAGUUCUUAUAUGAUGAUCUUGCGGAGCUAGUCCUGCCGUCGAGUAUUCUUCUUGAGGCAAAUACAGAUGAUGUGGAACUUCCGUCAGAUCCUCGAUUUCAAAUUGCUCGACAUAUGGAAGGAUUUGUGAAAAGAUUCGCACAGCCUUUUGUGGACUCUGCCGAGGAACUUGACUUGCAGCUCCAAGCUCUGAGCUCAGAGCCUCCAUUGCAGCUUCACGGCGGAGAGCCAGCCUACUCUUAUCCGCUCAGCAGCUGGGCGUAUCACCAGAAACUCACCCAACUUCAAAUGAUUCUCCAAACGGGCUUUGAACUUUCAAUCUAUUCACCAGAGGAGCUUCCCGGAAUGUACUGGUAUUUAUCACACAUCUGCUCCACACAUCUCGGUCAUCUUGACCGAAUACGGACCUUCAUUGUUGCAGCUCGCAAAAGAGAUCUAGUGACGACCACUGUUCGAACAACUAAGACAAUUAGCAAAGCUGCCGCAUUUCACACAUCCUUCCGAUGCCUGGAGAGGUUGACCACACACAUUAUUGCUGUUGACGCCUUUGCGAUCGCCCUUCACGCAUUAUAUGUCCUCCUAGCCCGACACAAGAUCCUCCCGUCUGCUUCAGGGUCUGAUGCCUACUCGACAGAUAGAUUGCGAUAUGAACUUCGCAUGAAACCAUUUCUCCCUAUUUCUCUGCCUGAACUAGUCUCUUACGAGGACUACCAUCGUGAGGCCACCUUGCAAGGCGACACAGAUGCCACUAUUCUUGACCGCGCUUCCAAGGCUAUCAUUGAAGCCAGGAAAGCUUGGGAAGCCACACUCAGCAACGGAGCCUUUAUUGAAGAUCCAUCCAUACCUACCAAACCCCCCGUUACGGCCAUUGAGGAAGAUUGGCAACGCAACGUCAAAGAUACUAUGCGCGCAUGUAUUGGAGCCAGCAUUGCUAUUGAGACUGUAAAGAAGGCUCUCUCUAGCGAGACAAGACCAGUGAACCUGCAGGUCACUAUUCCGGAGGUUGGGAGCAAGAGCCGAUGGCAUGAUUGGUGGAGUGUGCCGCAGAUUAGCCAAAAAGUCGACUUGUAG